CGCUAGAGUGCGCAUGAGCGACUCCAUCACCGUCAAGGCGGACGGUUUCCAUGGCGCGAAUCAAUGUACAAACAAAUCGUAGCGAAAACUUCCUGCCCGAUAAAAAACAAUCACAAACGUCUUGACUGCUGGUGCAGUGGAAGUUUUUUCUUUGUGGUUUGCCAAAUCCCAUCGCAAUGGACAUAUCCACCAAACCCGUAUUUUCGUUCUCCCUCAACUACAAAGUGUUCGAAAAGCUGGUGACCUGCGGGAAGUACGACGGGAUCCAUUCCUGUUUGACCAUGGUCACAACGGCGGACAAGAUUCUAAUCCACACGCCCCACAAACGCUACGGGCUGCAAAACUCGAAGCUCUCGAUUUCGGAAAUCAAAAAUGACAUCGCACUGCUUAACAUGAACUUUCCGAUACGGGCGAUCGUGGCCGGGCGGCUGAAGAAGGACGACGAACGCGACGUGCUGGUGAUUGGAAGUCCUUCGCAUGUGCUAGCGUACCAUGUGGAUGAAAAUUGUAACAUGUUUCAGAGAGAUUUCCACGAGGGCGUACGGUCUGCCGUGAUCGGUGGCUACGCAAACCAACCGGGCAAUACGCUGAUCGUUGGCGGCAAUGGUACGUAUAUGGGGCAAUGUUUUGCAUUUCAAUGUAUAUUUUAACAGUCUACGAAAUAUUCAAAUAACAUAUAUUGUGUAUUAGUGAAAUAAUUUAAUUGCUCCUUUACAUGUAUGAACAAUUGAUAAGAUUAAAAUUAUUAUAAAAG